AAGAGAGGGAGGGAGCCGGGGAGGGAAGAGAGGGAGAGAGAGAGAGCGGCGCGGAGGUUGAGAGAGGCCCGGAGAGAUAAAGCCGGAGGGCAGAAAUUAUUAGGGGGCGCGGGACGAGAGGAGGGGCCAGGGGAGCGAGCCCGCGGCUAGAGAGGCAAGCGAGUGUGCGCCUUGUGUGCAAGGGCGGGAGGGAGAAGAGAGAGCCAGCGGCGGCCCGGCUUGCGCCGACUCGGGCCCAGCGGCGGGCGGACAGCAUGCUGAGCUUCCUCAUCUGGAUCCCCACUCUCUUCAACACUUUCUCACAAGCAGGGCUUUAGGAAUGACUCUGGAGAACCGUAGCACAUGUCUAAUGACCUGCCAAUCAAGCCUGCUCCCCAAGAAGCCCAGGUUUCUGAGUCAGAAGAUGUGGGCUCCACACUUAGUCGUUGCUUAUCUUAUCUUUGUGACUUUGGCUUUGGCGUUGCCUGGGACCCAGACUCGCUUCAGCCAGGAGCCAGCUGAUCAGACCGUGGUAGCCGGACACCGGGCAGUGCUCCCGUGCGUGCUCCUCAACUACUCUGGGAUCGUACAAUGGACCAAGGACGGGCUGGCUCUGGGUAUGGGCCAGGGCCUCAAAGCCUGGCCACGGUACCGAGUCGUGGGCUCUGCGGAUGCUGGGCAAUACAACUUGGAGAUCACGGAUGCCGAGCUGUCUGAUGACGCUUCCUAUGAGUGCCAGGCCACGGAGGCUGCCCUGCGCUCUCGGCGGGCCAAACUCACCGUGCUCAUUCCUCCAGAGGACACAAGGAUUGAUGGGGGCCCGGUGAUUCUGCUGCAAGCAGGCACCCCCUACAACCUCACAUGCCGAGCAUUUAAUGCCAAGCCUGCUGCCACCAUCAUUUGGUUCCGGGAUGGGACACAGCAGGAGGGGGCUGUGACUAGCACGGAGCUGCUGAAGGAUGGGAAAAGGGAGACUACAAUCAGCCAGCUACUCAUUCAGCCCACAGACCUAGACAUCGGCCGCGUAUUCACCUGUCGCAGCAUGAAUGAGGCCAUCCCCAAUGGCAAGGAGACGUCCAUUGAGCUGGAUGUACACCACCCUCCUACAGUGACUCUGUCCAUUGAGCCCCAGACAGUGCUGGAGGGCGAGCGCGUCAUCUUUACGUGCCAGGCCACAGCCAACCCGGAGAUCCUGGGCUACAGGUGGGCCAAAGGGGGGUUCCUGAUUGAAGACGCCCAUGAGAGUCGCUAUGAGACAAAUGUUGAUUAUUCCUUCUUCACGGAGCCCGUGUCUUGUGAGGUUUAUAACAAAGUCGGGAGCACCAAUGUCAGCACUUUAGUGAACGUUCACUUUGCCCCCCGGAUUGUAGUUUACCCAAAGCCCACAACCACAGACAUUGGAUCUGAUGUGACCCUCACUUGUGUCUGGGUUGGGAAUCCCCCCCUCACCCUCACCUGGACCAAGAAGGAUUCAAACAUGGGGCCCAGGCUUCCUGGCUCCCCACCCGAGGCUAAUCUCUCUGCCCAGGUCCUGAGUAACAGCAAUCAACUGUUGCUGAAGUCAGUGACCCAGGCAGAUGCUGGCACCUAUACCUGCCGUGCCAUAGUGCCUCGAAUCGGAGUGGCUGAGCGAGAGGUACCCCUUUAUGUGAAUGGACCCCCUAUCAUCUCCAGCGAGGCGGUGCAGUUUGCUGUGAGAGGGGAUGGCGGUAAGGUGGAGUGCUUCAUCGGGAGUACCCCCCCUCCGGAUCGAAUUGCAUGGGCUUGGAAGGAGAACUUCCUAGAGGUGGGGACACUGGAACGAUACACUGUGGAGAGGACAAACUCAGGCAGUGGUGUGCUGUCCACUCUCACCAUCAAUAACGUCAUGGAGGCCGACUUCCAGACCCACUACAACUGCACUGCCUGGAACAGCUUUGGACCAGGCACAGCCAUCAUCCAGCUGGAGGAGCGAGAGGUGUUACCUGUGGGCAUCAUCGCUGGGGCCACCAUCGGUGCUGGCAUCCUGCUCGUCUUCUCUUUUGCUGCCUUAGUGUUCUUUCUCUACCGACGUCGCAAAGGCAGUCGAAAGGAUGUGACGUUGAGGAAGCUGGACAUCAAGGUAGAGACAGUGAAUCGGGAGCCACUUACAAUGCACUCUGACCGGGAGGAUGAUACCACCAGCAUUUCCACGGCAACUCGGGUCAUGAAAGCCAUCUACUCGUCCUUUAAGGAUGAUGUGGAUCUGAAACAGGACCUGCACUGUGACACCAUCGAGACCCGGGAAGAGUAUGAGAUGAAGGAUCCAACCAAUGGUUAUUACAACGUGCGUGCCCACGAAGAUCGCCCAUCUUCCAGGGCGGUGCUAUAUGCUGACUACCGUGCCCCUGGCCCUACUCGUUUUGAUGGGCGCCCAUCAUCCCGCCUCUCCCACUCCAGUGGUUAUGCCCAGCUGAAUACAUACAGCCGAGCCCCCGCCUCUGACUAUGGCACAGAGCCGACACCCUCUGGCCCUUCUGCUCCAGGUGGCACCGAUACAACCAGCCAGCUGUCCUACGAGAACUAUGAGAAGUUCAACUCCCACCCCUUUCCCGGGGCAGCUGGGUAUCCUACCUACCGUCUAGGCUACCCCCAGGCCCCACCCUCUGGCCUGGAGAGGACCCCCUAUGAAGCCUAUGACCCUAUUGGCAAGUAUGCCACCGCCACUCGGUUCUCCUACACCUCUCAACACUCAGACUACGGCCAGCGAUUCCAGCAGCGCAUGCAGACUCACGUGUAGAGGCUGGAGUCUGGCUGGGGUAUCUCUGCGGGGCAGAGGAGAUGGCUUCCCAGCAUUCCCUGACAUUCAGGGACAUUGCUCGUUGCUCCUUUCGUGGACCCAGCCUUUCUCCUCCUGGCCAUCACAAAUAAGGAGCAGGUCUCCCAGUAACACCCCAUCCCAAGGAUGGUGCUCUGCGCAUGCCCCAGUCUCCCGGGCCAGCCCUUUCCUCUUCUUCAGGAGGAUAUCUCUUCUGACCUUUGUUCUGCCUGACCCAAGCAUGGGGAAAGGAGAGGGGAGGUUGGGGGAGGGGAGGAGAGAGGAGAGGAGCACAGUCUGUCAUUUCCUUCUGUCCUGCUUCUCUGAGCUCCCGUAGGUGGUCAUGGAGAUAUGCCGAGGUGGGCAGGCCGCUGGAACGUAGGAGAGCGCACCAGUCCCGGUCUUGAUUUCUUGAUACCUUGUGUUCAUCUUUCCCAUCUCAGGGGAUUACAGAUGAAACAAUGAGUUCAAAUCCAGCCCUUGGUCAGCUGGGGUCAAAAUACCAGUCACUCUGGCUGCUACUGUGGCUCUCUGUCUGAGUGAAGAGGGCUUCAAAAAAUCCCCAAGAUCACUGAUUCCUUUCUUCUCAGCUUUGUGCUGGACCAGCCAAGAUGUGUCCUGGAUGUGAGCAAGUCGCGGUCAGGACUAAGUCCUGGUUGACAGGCAAGGGUCCACUGUGUAGUGCAUGGCAGUUUCCAGGUCCAGCACUAGUGGGAGCCACGCAAGUUUCCUUCUUCUAAACGGUAUUGGGCCCCACUUCUUGGUGUUGACUCUUGAGCCUUGGUAGAGCAGAGGCUACUUUUCAUGGGGCUGUCUUUCAAAAGCAAUAAAACCUCCUUUGGAAUGAGAAGUUGUAGGGUUUCCCCGCUAUACGCAAGUCCCUAUGGAAAGGAAAGGGGCGCCCGCCCUCCAGCAGGCUCCUAACACCUCGUAUUGCUCUAGCUGAGUCUCUGAGCACUUUGAUUCUAGUACAUACGAUCUGGAUGGUGAGACCUGCCUUCUGGUGGAUUCUGAUAGAGCGCAGCAGUGUCCCGAGCCUCAGGCUCUACUAUCCUACCUGGUCUAACUACUCACCGUAGCUAGAAACUGCCUUGCAGAUGGCGUGGUAGGGGCUUUAUCCAGACAAAUUUUGGUUUCGUCUCCUCCUCACCGGCCCCCAUCCCACCCAAUCAGAUUCCUUCUUUCAUUUUCAGUGCCUUGAGUGUCAGGUUUGUGAUGAUGUCCCUGUGUGGGGAGCAGGGACCUUGUGAAUCUCAGCUUGUCCCAUGUUAGCAUCCAGGGAGACACAAAUGAAGAGGAUGGAAGGGAAAGGGGGCCGGGAAAUGGCUGCCGGAAAAUUCUUACCGGCCUAGAUGGUGAUCCUAGUGCAGAAGAACACACCAGGCACUGAAUUCCAUAGGCCAUGUUGUCUUUCCCACACAUUCUGCACACAUGAGUGCCCACACAUUCCAUGCCACGUCUCAUCUACCACCUUCUGACCAAAGAGAACCUGUAACUAGUGUUUCAGCCUCACCUUCCCAAGAAACCAACUGCCCAACAGGAUUCUUCCAUCCACAGUCCCGAUGAGGCCUGCCUGACAGGAGGAAGUAUUCCCAGAAUACUCCUGGCUUCUUCUCAUUGGUCACCAUUCGUUAGUCAUGUUUACUUUAAUGAGUUACCUGUUCAUCAGGCCCGUUCCAUCACUAACCCUCUAGAUGGGUCUGUAGGGUGACAUUCCCUGCCAUCUCCUUUCCGAUAAGGACCAGGUAAUGUCCAGGAAUCAAGGAGAGCCGUUUGCAGCCUGGCUGGCAGGCAGGCAGCUGCUGCGUCCUCUUCUCCAGUGAGUGCGUCCACACAGAGCGGCCCUUCCUGCAGCAGUGACAGACUCAUAGCUGUAUUCCGGUUCAGAAGACUCUCGCUUUCACGAGAGCUCAGGGAGGCAGUGUAGGUUCUAGUGAGUAUGGAUUUGUGCAGGUUUUCAGUUUCACUCGCACCCGAAGCCGUGGGCGAUCAAACAUCCUGUAUAGACUUUUGAAGUCUAAAUAGAGUGACAUUUUAAACAGCAAUACUCCCUAAAGUAGUCAUCUUGUUUGGGGUUUGGCUUGACUAUCUUAUUUCUCUCUGAUUUAAGUAGUAGGUCCCUCCUAUGGAAACCAGAGCAUCACUAAGGAAAACUGUGGGAGUCAAGCAUCAUGCAAGGGACGGGAAGCAGCAACAGACCCCUGCCCCUCACAUUCCGCCAUCAGAAUCAGAGGUGGGCCCUGCUGAGUGACUGGCGUUGCUUGUCAUGGGAAUUGAAAGUCUCUUAAUCACGGGGCUCUUCCGUCUGAAGCUGGAGUCUUCCAGCUUGUUGGGACUUUGAGUCUAGGCACCCUGAGUGUAUCGCUCUAGUUGAAGAAAUAACGAUCCAAGAGUCAAGCGGUCCAGGAUUCCGUCCGCAGCCGCCAUUUGCUGAGUACCUGAUGGUACCUCCUUUUCCUCGCUUCUAUCUUCCGGUCUUUGCCUAGAGCUGCUUGUUCUCUGUUGGCUCAUCUGAGGGGCAGAUUGCCCAUCCCUCAGGAACAGUAAGCAGUCGGGGUGAAGGUUGGGGCAGGAGAGUCACUGCCUGCUAGAAGGAGCUUUAACCACCAACCUUUUGAUCUUGUCUGUCACCCUAACCCUGAGUGAAAUGAAGCUAUUGUGUUGCUCUCCUGUUAGAUUCAGUAGGCUGCUGUGAUCAUGGUAGGGCUCAGUUAUGGAUGCAGACCUGGGGAGACAGUCUUUCACUUCAGUCUUCAGGAACGGUCAUCGUGCUAAAGACCACUCUCCUUGUUCACCAAGCAAGGUGAAGCCUACAGUCCCCGCAGUCUUGAACCAGAAGGCAGGAGUGAGCAGUUGACCCCUUCCUGUAGACUGAAAGGGAUGGCGUUAGAGGGAAGAAGGGGGUUAGUGGUUCUGACAUAAACUGCAUAUGCAAUAACUUCUUGUGGCUAUGGAUAAACCUGGCCCUUUGUAGAGAUCCUGGCCUGCUUGCUGGAUCCUGGUGCCCACCCUACCCCACCACUGCCAAAGUCUAACAGACUAUGCAUGGAGCGGGAAAGAGAGAGGAAAGCUGGUAGGAAUGGGGCAAUGCUCAGCUCUCACCAAUGUCUGGGUCAAAAUGAGGAAGAUGAGCUCGACUAACAAGAUUCUGGGUGACACAAGGCUUGUCAACCUGUGUCUUGCCCCCUUGUGCUCUGUCAGGAGCCACAGCUCCUGGGCUCCUUAAGGUGGAAUUGGGUGACCGGUGAAUACUUGGCCCCCUACAUAGCAAUGUUAGGCAAUCGGGAUUUAUAGAAACUCAUGUUAAAGCCAAAGACCGUGUUUGGACAUGUAAAGUCUGCUGGCUUAGUCACUGCCUCAUCCUGCUGUGUGAGCAGUUCUGUCCCUAUGGGUGAAUUACAUGACAUCCCAAGGCCACUGCAGGCUCAAGACACCUGAUUUCUCUGCUAUUCCAUUUCUGUGGAAUCUAAGCCCAAGCUCUAUCUAUACCCAUCGAGCCUAGCACUGAUGGUAGAACCCUGGGGACACAGACCUCAAGACUCCACUGGCAAUGUAUUGACUGUUAUGAAAGGACUCUAAAGCUGUCACCUAAAACACAACAUUCCCUUCUCCCUGUGAUUUUUUUCCCCCUCCUCUCCUGAAGACAGUGCAUUCUGACCAGCGCUGUCUAACCUUCCUCAGCUUGCUGCUGACACCACCCGUGUGGGGCUGUAGAGAGGGCUGAGGUCUGUGGCUUGUUAUAUGGAUUUGAGAGGAGGGUGCAGCAUUUAGCUUUCCUGCAUCACUGUGAGGGAGCCGCAGGUUCCUUUCCCAGAGGAAAAUAAUCGUUGCCCAGAAGACAGAGGCCAUACUAGGAAGUCCUGGUGCAAACCUGCUCUCAACGAAAGUAAUAAUUUUGUAUGCACAGAACUCCCUUACCAGUCCUAGUACCACAUCUUAGGUUUUUAACGUCCACAACCACUGGCCUUUGUGAACUAGUGGCCGGGAUCUUCCGUUGGUUUCAGGAGCAGUCCAUCAUCCCUGGGAACACCAGGACUGGAGGGAGCAGGGGGCGGCGGGCAGAGGGGAGCAUUCAGUUUGCUGACACCAUCAAAUACAUAGGCUUCUUAGCAAAGAUGAUGCACAAGGCCGUGCUGCCUCCACUUUUAACUGCUGACCCCAGUCCUUCCUGGGGUUCCUAUCUCCAUCCUGACGCUGGUUGAAUCUUCUCUACCAAAAUCCUCCUCGUAAAAGGAUCCAUGAUGACAACUAAGAGGAAAAGAAGUAUUUUUGUUAGGAUGAACCAUCAUAGAUUUUUAGCGAUGUGUAUCUGUGUGUCCUUUACGCCUUUUCCUAUUCUGACAUUUUUUCCCCUUUUUUUUUAAAAAAAAAAUAUUGUGUACUAUAUUUUUAGUCUCAAACACACACUAUAUAUUAUAUAUUUAAUUUUAUAUAUAUAUAAAUAUAAAUGUUUUAAAAAGUA